AUGCACCUCAGUGUUGGAUCUUUGGGGGCGCAUUUUUUUUGGGUGUGUGUGUGUGGGGGGGGGGGGGGGGGGGGGGGGGGGGGGGGGGGGGGGGGGGGGGGGGGGGUGGGGGGGGGGGGGGGGGGGGGGGGGGGGGAUGGCCGUCCUCUGUAUGUCUUGCGCCUGGGGCAAAUGGACACAAAGGGGCUGGUGCGAGCUCUGGGAGAGGAAGUGUUACUCAAACAGGUGCUGUCACUGAACGAAGAAGGACUGCGGCGCUGCGAGGAGAACACCAGAGUUUUUGGCCGGCCUGUCAGCUGCUGGACCUGUCUGGUGGACCUGGAGGGCUUGAACAUGCGCCACCUCUGGAGACCGGGCAUCAAGGCUCUGCUCCGGAUCAUCGAGGUGGUGGAGGCCAACUACCCAGAGACCCUGGGCAAACUUUUAAUUGUGCGAGCGCCCAGGGUCUUUCCGGUCCUGUGGACACUGGUCAGUCCCCUGAUUGACGACAACACACGCAAGAAGUUUCUGGUCUACGCAGGGAAUGACUACCAAGGUCCCGGAGGACUGGUCGACUACAUCAACGCAGAGUCCAUCCCAGACUUUUUAGGAGGAGACUCGAUGUGUGACAUUCCCGAGGGCGGGAUGGUGCCUAAGUCUUUGUACAGGACGGCGGAGGAGCUGGAGAGUGAGGAGUACCGACUAUUAACUGAUUCUAUUUACAAAAGUGCCUCCAUCUUCAAAGGAGCUCCUUAUGAGAUGCUAAUUGAGAUUUCCGAGGCCUCGUCCGUGAUCACGUGGGAUUUUGACGUGUCCAAAGGCGACGUGCUCUUCCAUCUGUACCACUCCAAACGGGCCCCUCAGCCUCAGAGGAAAGAGGCGCUGGGGGCCCACGGGAUCACCUCACUGGGGGCCAUGAAUACACCACUCAUAGACAAGAGCUGGGUGCUGGGAAAGGACUACAGCAUGGUGGAAAAGGCCCUCCUCUGCAGGGAGGGCGAGAGCGUGCAGGGCUCCCACGUGACACGCUGGCCCGGCUUCUACAUCCUGCAGUGGCGCUUCCACAGCUCCGCAGCCUGCACCGCCUCCUCUCUGCCCCGAGUGGACGACGUGCUGGCCUCUCUGCAGGUCUCCACCCACAAAUGUAAAGUCAUGUACUACACCGAGGUGCUGGCGUCUCACGACUUCAGAGGCUCCAUGAGCAGCUUGGCCUCCAGUCACAGCGGUUUCUCCCAGCUCAGCGCCAUGACCACCUCCUCUGGCCAAUCACUGGGCAGCUCUACCUCUUCCAGCCAAUCACAGGCCAGUUCAACCCUGUCCAGGUAG